UUGAAGAUAAACGAAGGUCUUACGGGUGUGGAACGACAUUUUUGGGUGAACUAACCCUUUAACUCUUUCCCCGCCAUUGACUGAAUUUUCCAGCUUUCCGUGUUUUCACUGUUAUAUGGUUAUUACACAUCUUAAAGAGUACAGAAUCUCCAGAGCAAAACACAGACAAAACAGAAGCAAAAACAAGUUACAAAAGCAUUUCUUAUGCAUGUUGUAGUCAGUGGAAAAAAAAAAAAAAAAAAAAGAUAUUCUCAGCUUUUAGUUCAAAAUGUUGCUUUUUUUUAUGAAACUUCAAGUGUUGAUAGCAAAAAGAAUGUGUGAAGCUAGAAUAAAACGUUUUUGUUUGUUUGUUUGUUUAAAAGCAGAAGCUCUGCUCUUUCUUUUGAUAUAUUGCAUGGGGGCCAUGAAAGUUUUCUAAAAAUGAUCAAAAACGCUGGCAGUGGCUGGCAACUUUAAAAAAAAAAAUGCUGGCAGGGAAAGAGUUAAGUAAAAAAAAAAAAAAAAAAAAACUGUAUCUUUUUUUUUUUUACCCAGUGGUAUUAUAAUCACAUAGGGUUAUAAGAUCAUCAGAAACAUACAUUCAGUCAUGUGUAUCCAAACAUUUGUUUGGUUGUGAGCGAUUUACUCAUUUGCCACCCAAUUUAAAGUUUUCAGGUUUUACCUAAAACUUUACCCAUCUAUCUUGUAAUAAGAAAGCCAAAUACAUUACUAUUGUAGCACUAAAAGCACCUAAUGACAUCCACGUCUCACAUGACACUGAGUCUGUCUUGAGCUGUGGUCACCUCCCCUUCACGUCUUUCUCCAUCCUCUGAUAAGCCGACAGUAAUUAACCUCCCGCAGAGCCGGCGCUUGUUUCACAAAUGCUCCGGUGACGCGAGUGCACGGGGAGGUCCUGCUCAUCUUCUCAAUCAUUAAUGUUUCGUUUGGACAUGUUUGGAGUCAUCCAUGGUUAUCCACCAGUGCCCUCAGAUGACCCCUGCCGCCCAGCUGCCAGCCGAAUCCGGGGAGGCCGAACAGGAAUGAAAAGCACGGGUGACUACGGGGGCUCUGUAUGUGAGUUCAGGAGCGGAGCCACAGCAAUGCUGGCGUCAAAGUUGUGAGCGCGCAGGAAACACCGGUUCAUUGUUACAUUCAAUGGGGAACGUCAAGGGGGGUCUGGAUGGUAAUGAUUUACCAGGUAUUUUGGAGCUGGUCGUGUGCUUGAAUAAACCAACGGAUCCGCUCAUCACAUGAAAGAGUGAAUGUCAUGCUCUUUCCCAGGUUGUAUGGACUUAAUCCAAGACCUGCUGAAGGAAGUCCAGGCGCUUAAAGAGUCCAGAGAUGAUCUGAGACAGGAAGUUCAUGCUCUGAACGGUCAGCUCAGCCAGCUGAACAUGGAUGAGUUGGCUGACCGUAUCGUGGCUAUGGAGCAGUAUUGUCACCAAGUGGAAGAUCUGGACAACACCACGAAAGAGCUGAAGGACAAAAUGGCCCAGUACCCUGUUCCAGAGGAGCUCCAACAGUGUGUCACAUGGGAAGUGAUGCAGGCUGCGCUCAUCACCGAGAGGCAGAAGAUCCAGGAGGCACGUCCAGCUGGGUUGCAGGGCACCAUCUCCGCUGUACCCAUCCACCCUUUGAACCUUGGUAGCCUGAUCAAGGAUGAGAGAGCAGGUUCAGGUGGCACAGCUGGUGUAGAUCUCUCUCAUCAGGCUUCUCCUUCACAUCAGUCCUUGUCUGACGAGACUCUGCGCACUGUGACGGGCAGCCCGCUGUCCCGGGUCAGCAUUGGGGCUGAGCGCUACCCGGAGACUGUAGAGGCUCUGAAGGAGGUGGGCAGACUGAGAGACAGGCACGAGAGUCUGGAGGCCCGUGUGGGACAGCUAGAAGCAAACAAGGCUGAUCAGUCUCAGCUUCAACAUCUGCGUGAUGUCCUCGCAGCAAUAGAAGAGAGGCAGAUUCCUGAUUAUGUGCCAGAGCAGCUGAAUCAUCUGAGGACUCUUGUGGACAGUCUUCUAGCAGAUAAAGAGAAGGUGUCAGAGGUGGAGAGUGUGUUGAUGAACAUGAGCUCAGACUCUGCAGGACGGAGCACAGGUUCAGUCAGCGAUCAGGACACAGACGCCUCACAGAUAGAGCAGCUGACCCUGCAGACGACUCACAUCAGGAUUGCAGUACUGAAGCUGGAUGAGAAAGUGCAGGUGCUGAUGAGAGAGAAGAGUGACAGUGUGGAAGAGAGAAGCAGCCAAGACAGACACAUACAAGAGCAGUUAAACAGCCUCAGGGUUAUGAUUGAGGAUAUGAAGUCCUCCUCAUCCUCUCCACUCUCAAAAAGUCAACAGCAGGAGGCAGUAGAGUUCAGCAGAGAAGCGGAACAGGUCCAAAGCUCGGGCCAGGAUCAGGUUCAGAGUUCAGGUCAGAGUCAGAGUUCAGGUCAGGAUCAGGGUCAACAGCAGAAAGAAGGUCACGAUCCGGACCAGGAGGUCAGUCAGUUGUCCCAGUGUUCCUACAAACCGGAGGACAAGACCACUCACCUCACGAACCAGGAACACCGGGGCAGGAAUAAGAACACCGAUCUGGCGAGUGAUGUGGAGGGAGCCUUACUGCAGCUGCAGGCCGACUGUGAGAGACUCCACAGCACAUCCAGACGCCUGACGGAGGAGCACAGCGAGAAACAGAUCCACAUUGACCGUCUGUACAAGAUGUUGAAGGAACUGGAUGAAAAGAAAGCUGACAAGGAACUGGUGGAGAUGAAGAUUGAAAUUAAAGCAGACAAACGGGCUCUGGAGAGCAAGGUGAGCCGCAUGCAGUUUGACAGUAUGACUGAGCAGCUCAAUAACAUGUUACAGGAGCUGCUCAGUAAGAUCAGCGGUCAGGAGAAGGACUGGAACAAGGUCAUCGAGAAGAUCUCCAGUGAAAUGGACUGCAAGUUGAACCGGAUUGAGCUGGAUCCUCUGAAGAAACAGCUGGAUGAUCGCUGGAGGACCAUCCACAAGCAUCUGCAGACACCGUCUCUCCCUGAACAGGACGACGCUGCUGGACUCAGGAAACAAUUAGUGGCCCGGUUUCACUGCAUCUCCUGUGAUCGUCCAGUGGAUAUGAUGACACCAGGACAGCACAUGGUCACCCUGCCCUCGGCCCCAGGACUGCCCUCUCACAAGUCCAACCGGCCCUACUCUGUGUAUGAGCUGGAACAGAUGCGGCAGCACUGCAGGAGGCAGAUAGAUCAAGAGCCCAGUCAGUUUCCUACAUCAAGGACACCCAAGCUCCCUUACAGCCAGGGUCUGCCAGAACUUUCACGGACCCGCUACCGGCCCACCCCGGGCCCAGGAAAAAGGAGCAGCCGGACCCUGUGCAAGCAUGAGAGGAUCGCAGAAAUGGCGGAUUACAGUUACCUGGCCCGUAGCUGCGGGGGGAGCCAUACCCUUACCUACCCCAGCCGCCGCUACACCCGCAUUCAGCACAUCACCCAUCUGAUCCAGAAUGACGAGGAGAGUCGGCCCAUGCCCUCCGGACCACCCCCACAGGCAGAAGAAGCCAACAUCAUGGGUUUGGACGGACAGGUCUAUAAGGGCCGAAUGAACAGCAGAGCAGUGAGGCUCUCUGAGACAAGAUUACCCACCAUCUCUCCUCGAGAAGGCAACUGGAAGAGCAAAGACAAGGUGAGCCGCUCGCAGUCGCAGAGGUCUAGUGGAGUGGAUGCUGGCCAUGGAAGUGCCAAGACUCAGCGCAGCUACUCAGCUUCCAGUAUCUCGGUGAGAGAUCGGCCCCUGUCCUCCAUGGAUUGCCUGUCCCAUGACGUCCCGCUCCAGUCCUCAUUCCAUGACACCACCACAGAGCGCAACAAAGACCUCAACCAAUCAGAAGAUGAGCCUGUGACAUCACUGUAGAGCUCCUCCAGUAGGAGCUGCUCCAUUGUUUGAAUGAAAUGUUUACAGCAGGGCAAGACACAAGCUCUGUUUGUGUACAGUGUUCAUCUGUAACGUCAAGAAUAUCUAAAUAAGAUUUAAUAAAUGUUUUUAUGCAGUCAUAUUAAAUACAUAAAAUAC